AUGGAGCCGCUCAACCAGCUCAAGCGUCGGUCGACCGACCUCCUCAAGCAGGCGCAGCAGAGCAUGCCGUCGCUCCCCAAGAGCAUCAACAUCAACAUGCCCGACGUGCAGGCGAGCCUCCCGUCCCUACCACGGCUCGACUUUGGCCGCAGCAGCUCCCGCAAGGACAAGGACAAGCCCGCCGCCGUCCAAGGAACGUGGGAGCGAAUCGACAUCCCGGCCCUGCCGCGCUCCUCCCACUCGCUCAAUGUCGUUUCCGGAAGCGCCUACAUCUUUGGCGGGGAGACUGAGCCGUGCCAACCAGUCGACAACGACAUGCACAUCGUCCGGCUGCCGUUCAGCAGUGCCGGCGCCGACUAUCACAGGGUCGAGGCCAAGGCAGCCUCGGCCGUCGAGCAAGACGCGACGCCGUCGUCGGAGCAGGCCAAGAACGCCGACGACGCGCCGCAGGGCGAAGGGCCCAAGGGCAAGGGCAACGACAAGGAUGCGACCGCCGACGACACCAGGCCCCGCCUCGACCGUGUGCCUCCCCCACGCGUCGGCCAUGCAACGGCAGUCAUCGGGUCGCGCAUCUUCCUCUUCGGCGGCCGCGGCGGCCCCGACAUGAAGCCGCUCGAGGAGGCCGGCCGCGUCUGGGUGUACGACACGCGCUCGCACGCCUGGUCGCACCUCGACCCCGAACCCGCCGUCAGGGGCGGCGCCAUCGUCCCGCAGCCCAGCCCGCGCAGCUUCCACUGCGCCACGGCCACGGACCGCCCCCGCGACUUCCCCUCCGUGCCUCCCGCCUCCGCCGAGCCCGCGACGCCGCGGACCUGGCGCCAGUGGGCUCUGGGCGACACCUCCAGGACGGGCAUCCCCCAGGACCCCGUCGUGGGCUACGUGGCGGAGCAGGCCGUGGACGAGGAGUCCGACGGCUACGGCACCUUCUUCGUCCACGCGGGCUGCCUCGCCGGCGGAGACCGAACCAGCGAUCUCUGGGCCUUUGACGUCCGCACGCGCACCUGGACGGAGCUGCCCGCGGCGCCGGGCCCGUCCCGCAGCGGCACGGCAAUCUGCAUCUCCAAGAGCCGCCUGUUCCGCUUCGGCGGGUACGACGGCGAGUCCGAGCUCGGCGGCCAGCUCGACGUGCUGCCCCUCGAGCUGGAGACGUUUGACGACGGCCACUCCAAGGGCGAGGUGGCGAUCCACGCCCGCGCCGGCUGGCAGACCAUCCUGCAGAGCGACGUCGACGCCUCGUCUGCCGAGAUGCACGUCGAGCCGCGACAGGCGUGGCCGGCGCCGCGGAGCGCGGCCGCCCUGCAGGCCCUCACCGUCGGCGGCGGCAAGGAGUGCCUCGUGCUGGCCAUGGGCGAGCGCGCGCCCGGCGCACAUGGCCGCGCAGCAGCAGCAGCCGAAGCCUUCCUGGACGACGUGUGGACGUUUGAGGUGCCCCCGCUGGGAAUGAGCCCCGCCAGCCUCAGGGCCGCCUUUCUCCAGGCCGUGGGGAAGAAGACGGGCGAGGGCCGAUGGCAAAGGGUCGGCAUGGGCGAGUACGACGACGAGAGCGGUCAGGGGAUGCCCGCCGCGAGGGGGUGGCUCGCGAGCGCCCCCAUGGCGGAUCUGGAGGAGACGGGCAUCGUCGUCUGGGGCGGUCUGGGCGCCGGUGAUGCGAGCAUUGGUGACGGCUGGAUCCUCCGGCUUGGAAAGGGGGUUUGA